CACAAAGCGCGUGCACGAGGGGCGGUGCGUGCCCGCGCUUGAUGUCUAAGCGAGAGUGUUAAUAGUUAAGCACCGACAAGUCGAUUGUAUUUAGCCUUAUUUAACAUCCUUUCAGUGGUUUAACCGUUUAGUACCUGUCUCAAGGCGUGCUCAGGGCGCUGAAGACUUACAGAACUGUUUCUUCUGUUACAAAGGAAAGCCAAACAGAGGAACAUGAAUCCCUUGUGUAGCAGAUGUAACAAGGUUGUGUAUCCCACAGAAAAAGUAAACUGCCUAGACAAGUAUUGGCACAAAGGAUGUUUCAGUUGCGAGGUCUGCAAAAUGACUCUAAACAUGAAGAACUACAAAGGCUUCGACAAGAAACCCUAUUGCAGCCAGCACUACCCCAAGACAAGCUUUACCAGCGUGGCCGACACCCCAGAAAACAUCCGACUUAAGCAGCAGAGCAAGAUGCAAAGUCAGGUGCUCUAUAAAGAGGAUUUUGAAAAGAACAAAGGGAAAGGCUUCAGUGUGGUGACUGACACACCAGAGUUGCAGAGACUCAAGAAAACGCAGGACCAGAUCAGCAAUAUCAAGUAUCAUGAGGAUUUUGAAAAGACUCGAAUGGGAGGUGAAGCCCUGCCUCCUGAGAGCAAUGCUAAUCGAGCUUACCAGCCUACCAGCCCCACCAACCCUACAACCCCGCAGAACUACCACUAUGAGCCCCAGCCAGCUCGCUCUGCUGCAGCUCCACCACCUUCUAGUGGCGGGAAGCGCUACAGAGCGAUCUACGACUAUGCAGCAGCUGAUGAGGACGAGGUUUCAUUUGCAGACGGAGACAUGAUCGUGGACGUGCAGCAGAUAGAUGAGGGAUGGAUGUUUGGUCGUGUGGAGCGCACGGGCAAGCAGGGCAUGCUUCCCGCCAACUAUGUUGAGGCUAUAUGAAUGAGCAAGGCUAAGAGAGGAGGUGAAGAAUGCAGGACGGAGGGAUGUACAUUGGAAUGAUCCUGGUGCCAUCUCUAUUUUUUUCUCCUUCCCUGUUCAUUUCACAAUUUGUUUAAUAACAUGGUCUUAAUUAAAUGCGAGAGAAACUUGAUCAGGCAUCUAAGCUUUAGCUUUUUUAGACUCAAUGCUAAUACGCUUAGAGGAAAAAUCUGCUCCUAUCAGCUGAAUGAGCAUUAUUUUUUUUGUUUUUUUUUUUAAACUUUUUCGGUUUUAUUUACUUGCUUUUCCCAUGUGGGCAGUAUUUGUUAGUUUUGUGCAUUGCUUUGCCCUUGUGCUGAAAAUUAUGGCUCAGAUUACUAUUUUACCAGCUUCAAAGACACUGGCGAAAUGUUGAGAUGGGUUGUCAAGUUGUCUGUAAAGAUUAUUUGUAUUCUGGAAAUUGAAGUUAUGUGCUGAAGAGGCUGCUGGGAAAAGCAGUUUCAGUCAGCUGAAUGGUUAGAUGAGUGACCAGCACUCGUUACUCAAUCAUUGUCUUAAUCACAAGCUUGUUAGGUCAAGUGCUGCAGUUGGGUCGGUAAAGCCCUUUGGAGUUCUUUUUAUGCACUUUGAGGGAAAAAUACCAAAAAAAUAUGAUGGUUUUAUAUUAACAAAAAUUAGAUAUGGUACAUUACUUUCUUAAAUGUCAUCAUGAAAGAAGAAAUCUCCAGGUUUUAUUAGUAUAUAUUGGCAUAAAUGUGACAUAUCAUUCUAUUCAUAUUUUGUAAGAAAUCAUUCCAAUUCAUGAAUAUAUUCAAUAAUAAACUUAUAAUUAAACCAA